AUGAAGGACAUCUUCCGCAAGCUUGCUCCAACUGUGUGCCUCUUUACGAUCCUUGUCUUGCUUUCUGACAGCAUCAAUGGCCGUAUGGCCGUCAAGCGUAGCCAAAAGGUUCUGCAGAUGCAUGAGGCUCUUUCCCCCGAAAACACCGAUCCAGUCGAUGUCUCCAUCACGUAUAAAGUCAUGGUCAACAACGUCGAAGAGGGUCGCUGUACCGAUGUCAGCUCCCAGACCCACGACAAUCAGGUCGUCCAUGGCAGGAAGCAAAGGGCAGUGACGAACACUGAGGUUCACUUGGAGUUUCAUGUGUAUCUCUGCGACAGAGUCGAACCUUCCAAGCUCAAAAGGGGUAGGCAAUGCGUUUUCGACUGCAGCAUGGAGAAAGCCGCAACGACAUCAGAAAAAGCAGUGGAAGUAAUCAAGAAGCUUUGUGAGACGGGACACAAGGGCAUUUGGAAACCAACUGCUGUCUAG